AUUUUUAAAAUAGGUCCAAACAUACACACGAUCAAAUAUUUCAUAUUUCCUUAAUAUUUCCUAUUUUAUAAUAUUAGUAUAGAUUAUGAUUGAUAAAAUAUGUUGCUACCAGGUACUCCAAUGCAGAGUGCAGCGAAGGCUCCAUAUUUGGCUAGGUUUAGAGUACGAAAGUACGGUAUUGCUGAGAUGGAGGCCGUCGCUAUGGCUAUCGUGUCGGGUGAAGAAUUACCAGCCGAUGAAGGCAAAGAUCGGUACACAUCGAUCGCGGCGGAAACGUGGCAGGCGGCCAUAUUUAAAGUGGGCGAUGACGUCAGACAGGACAUGUUAGCCCUCCAAGUGAUCUCGCUCUUCAAGAACAUAUUCCAACAAGUCGGUCUCGAUUUGUAUUUGUUCCCGUACAAGGUUGUGGCAACCGCACCCGGAUGCGGUGUAAUCGAGUGCGUUCCAAACGCCAAAUCUAGAGAUCAGCUCGGCAGGCAGACUGACAUCGGCAUGUACGAGUAUUUCAUCAAGAAAUACGGCGACGAGACAACUAGAGAAUUUCAGGCUGCUAGAAGAUGUUUUGUUACUUCAAUGGCGGCUUACAGCGUCGUUGGAUUCCUAUUACAAAUCAAAGAUAGACAUAAUGGCAACAUUAUGUUAGAUACUGAUGGACAUAUCAUACAUAUAGAUUUCGGUUUCAUGUUCGAAUCGUCACCCGGCGGUAAUCUCGGUUUUGAGCCGGAUAUCAAGCUGACUGAUGAGAUGGUGAUGGUGAUGGGCGGUAAGAUGGAGGCGCCGCCCUUCCGGUGGUUCUGCGAGCUCUGCGUUCAGGCCUUCCUUGCCGUCAGGCCAUAUCAAGAAGCCAUCAUAUCCAUGGUGUCUUUAAUGCUGGACACCGGUCUUCCGUGCUUCAGAGGGCAGACUAUACGACUUCUACGUUCCCGUUUCGCCCCAAAUUCAACAGAGAAAGAAGCGGCUGCUUACAUGCUAUCAGUUAUACGAAACUCCUUCUUAAACUUUAGGACUAGGACGUACGAUAUGAUACAGUAUUAUCAGAACCAGAUUCCUUAUUAAUUCUCAUAUUGGAUAAGGGGUCAACCUUUGUUGGUUAAGGUUUUGGAAUCGGUGGACUUUUAAGUAUGGAAAUGGUCUAGUCUUAUUAUCAUCAUUAAUGUUAAGAUUCGGUGGAAAAAGUUAUGUAAAGUGUAUUCAAUGGAAGUUCUAUUAAAUGGAAGGAUAUGAUCAAAACUAAAGCUAGAAUAGGGAUGACAACUAAUUCUUGUUUGUUUGUCCGUCAGGUAGAUUCUU